CGCCGGCCGUUGCUACCCUAAUCUGCCAUUCCCUUCGCCCCCAAAUAAAUUUCCUCUGCUAAUCGCGGCCACGGAGUGAGGAAUUCCGAUGGCGACGCCCAACGGCUGCCCGGAUCCGCCCGCCGCCGCCGCCGCCGCCGACGGGCCGUACAUCCCGGCGGAGCUGAUCCCCGACAUCGCCAAGCACCUGACGAACCUCAACGACAUCUUCGCCCUCCGCGGCGGCUGCCGCGCCUACCGCGCCGCGCUGCCGCUCAGCCGGGGCCUCCUCGCCGCGCAGCCGCCGUGCCUCCUCGUGCCCCACUCCGCCAGCUCCCCCGCGCUGCCCCUCUUCAACCUCCUCGAGCCCGGCUGCCCCUCCUUCUCGCUCGCCCUCUUCCACGUCCCCGACCGCCGCCUCCACCGCUUCCGCGCCCGCCUCCCCUUCGCGCGCACCGGCGGCGUCCUCACCUCCGACGGCGCCCAGGUCGUCGCCGUCGACGGCGCCACCGGCGAGAUCAUCGUCACCCACCUGCUCUACGGCGCGCAGGUCCGUCUGCCCAAGCCCCCGCUGCCGCACGACCGCGUCAUCCUCACCGGCGGCCACCUCUUCGCCCCCGCCACGGGCCGCACCGACGUCCAGUGCUGCAGCCCCUGGACGAGCCCCCAGUGGACCGCCGCGUCCUACGGCGGCGAGCACGAGAUCCAGGACUGGCACAUCGUCAACGGCGUCCUCUACGGGUUCCUCCCCACCUGCGGCCUCGUGUCGGCUUCGCCCUCCAAGGACAGUUCCUCCUCUUUGGAUAUAUGGCACCAUGGGGGCGAGUUCGACCCGCAGGUCCUACUGGCUAUGCAGGAGAGCAAAGGUGCCCCGCUGCUCGGGGACUGCGGCGGCGAGGUCCUGCUCAUCUUCAAGGUGGGACCCAUCGACCCUGCCUACAAGAUUUUCCGGUGGGACGCCGACGAGUUGAUGUGGGUGGUGGCGACGAGCCUCGGAGGACGGACGCUCUUCAUUGGCUUCGACGACUUCGCUGCGUGCAUUGGUCCAGAUGUUCCAGGGAUCCGCGGGGACUGCGUGUACGGAUCGUUGCCAUGGGCUGGGGGCUGGAGCGAGUAUUCUAUGAUCGAUGGGACCUGUAAAUGCUUCACAGCAAAGUAUCCGGGUGAACCAGGGGUUGGUUUCGCGAGGCCGCAGGUUUGGGUGCUUCCAAGCUUGUUCUGCAACUGAGGUUAAGCGGAAUCGCACACAAAGAACCUGAUUUGGAUGAAGUCUCCUUGCAAUGUGCUUAGUUUGUCUGUUUCCCUGCUAACAUUGGAUUGGAGAAAUAAGUGAACCAGAAGCUCCGGCCGAUGACAGCACCCUGUUGUGAAGCCGAAGUAGAGUUGUUGCAUAUUGUUAUGUUUUGAUGCAACGAAUGGGCCAUGUUUCAGUUGAGAUCGUGGAAUUAUUAUUUUCACAAGUUUUACUAUCAGGAUGAUUUUGAUUCA